GACCCAACUUUGGCGUGGAAGCUAAUCAUCAAACUCAGACUCACGUUUUCUCCGCAGGAAAGGUUGAAUUGAAGUGAAGUGUGAUGGUGCUUAGUACUGAGAGAGAUUUGAUGAUUUGAAGUUUUUAUUCACAAGAAUUUGUGGCUCUGCUAAGUGCUAACUUUGGCUGAGGAGGAGGAGGAAGAAAAAGACGCAUAAUAAUAAUAACAACAGUGUAUGGAAAUUUGGAGCAAGAUGGUGUUUGGCAUGAGGCGUGUCUGGCUUGCUCUCUAUGCUCGUCUCAGAGCUCGCAAAAAUGGAAGAGGGCUGCUGAAGCUUCAGGAUGAAGUACAAACUUGUGGGUAUCAAGAUAUUCAAGUGAUGUGGGAAAUGUUGCACAGAGCAGAAUCUGAUCUGCUACAGAAUCAUGAUAAGCGCAAGCAAAAUCCAUCCUGGAGCGUCCUUGUAUGGUCAAAUCAAACUCAAGCUUCAUCAGAAUCUACAAAUCACACUCAAGUUUGAUGCUUUAGCAAUCGGCAACCCACUGUUUUUAUCUUAUGGAAUAUGGCCACCAUUGCUGAGGCAUUAAACGUCAAGUUGUAGUUACUAUUUAGUAUGUAUCAAAGAAUUUAUAUUAGGCUUCACUCUCU